AUGGCACUUUAUGGAGUUCGCGCAGUGCGAGGACAACCAGACGAAGUAUUGUGUUUUGAUCAAGUAUCGAAACAUUUCGUCGAAUAUAGAGCUCUGUACGGAAAAGAAGUUGAACAGUAUGCUUCAAUAGCGAGCAAAAGUAGAGGUUUGGAUCAUAGCAGAGCCUUGGCCGAUGCCUCUCGCGACGAAAAUAAGCGUUCGUUAGAAAAAGAUAGACUUGGGCAACCAGGUUUGAAUCAUGGAGAUCAUUGUAUGUAUCCUUUAGUUUCCGGAUUAGAGAGAUUGAGAAACGGUAAUCUAAACAAAGGUUUGGCGUUUUCUCUAGAAGAGCGGCAAAUACUUGGAAUACACGGAUUGUUACCGCCAGUAAUCAAAACACAAGAGGAACAAAUUAACAAGGUUAAGAUGAAUUUAGAUUGUCUUAAAGAACCCUUGGAUAAAUACAUGUGGCUUAUCGAUUUAAUGCAACGCAAUGAAAAACUUUUCUAUGCUUUUGUCAGGAAAUACGUAAAGGAAUGCUUACCUUUGUUAUAUACUCCUACUGUGGGAGCAGCUUGUGUAAAUUGGAGUAAAAUAUACAGAUUCCCUAGGGGUAUGUAUAUUACAAUUCACGAUAGAGGACACGUGUAUGAUAUUUUGAAGAAUUGGCCUGAACACGAUGUAAGAGUUAUUGUAUUUACCGAUGGAGAAAGAAUAUUGGGACUUGGAGACUUGGGUGCUUGUGGCAUGGGUAUACCAAUUGGAAAAUUAUGCUUAUAUACAGCAUUGGCUGGUAUAAAACCACACCAAUGCUUGCCGGUUACGCUCGAUUGUGGAACAAACAAUCAAGCUUUUUUAAAAGAUCCCUUUUACGUUGGUCUCAGAGAAAAACGUCACAGAGGUCCCGAAUACGAUGAAUUUGUAGACGAAUUUAUGUCUGCUGUUGUUCAAAGAUGGGGUCAAAAUACAUUAUUGCAGUUCGAAGAUUUUGGCAAUUCUAACGCGUUUAGAUUUCUGGAUAAAUAUAAAGAUAAAUAUUGUACAUUCAACGAUGAUAUCCAGGGAACGGCUAGUGUCACUGUAGCGGGGAUACUUUCAGCUUUGAAAAUUACUAAAAAUAAGUUUUCUGAUCACACAAUAUUGUUCCAAGGGGCCGGAGAGGCUAAUAUUGGUAUUGCACAGUUAUGCGUACAAGCAAUGGUUGCCAGUGGAGCAUCUCCGGAGGAAGCAAGGAAAAAAAUAUGGCUUAUCGAUUCCCAAGGAUUAAUUUGUAAAGGGCGUAAGGAGCCAAUACAAAGUCAGAAAGCAGAGUUUGCUAAAGAGCAUAAACCAAUGAAGAAACUUAAUGAAAUCGUCAGAGAAAUAAAGCCUUCGAUAUUAAUUGGGGCAGCAGCUGUCGGUGGUGCUUUCACACCUGAAAUUCUACAAGAGAUGGCGAAAAAUCAUAAACGACCUAUUGUUUUCGCUUUAAGUAAUCCAACAGAAAAAGCAGAAUGCACUCCGGAGCAAGCGUAUAAAGAAACAAAAGGACAAGUUAUAUAUGCCAGCGGCAGCCCCUUUCCGCCAGUCCAAUAUGAAGGGAAAACGUAUAUCACUGGCCAAUCAAAUAAUUCUUACGUCUUCCCCGGCAUCGGAUUAGCAGGUGUCGCAGGAGGUAUUCCUCAUUACAACGACGAGCAUUUCCUAACAACGGCACAAGCCUUAGCUGACUUGGUAACUGAGGAAGAUCUAAACGUAGGAAGAAUUUUUCCUCCAAUAGAAAAUAUUUUGGAAGUUUCAGUGAAGAUCGCAACUAAAUUAGUCGAACAUUCUUACCAACAGUGCAUGGCUACGGUUUAUCCGGAACCUGAGGAUAAGGAAGCUUUUAUAAGAGCACAGAUGUAUAAUACGGAUUAUGAACAAUCUUUUCCGUGUCCUUUUGAUUAUCCAGAAUCGGCGAAGGCAGAAAGUUCUUGCUGA